AACUACAGCAACGACUCUAAACGUGGACCAGUGGAUCUUAGCGCUCCUGACCAAGGCAUAUCAGAGCAUUGGAUGGUGGGGAUGGGCAUGAUAAUGGCUUUUAUAGUGUUGAUCAUUGUUAUGGGAAAUAUACUGGUAAUUGUGGCAAUUGCCAAGAACCAGAGGCUUCAGACAUUGACAAACGUUUUCAUCGUCUCCCUGGCUUGCGCCGACCUUAUUAUGGGUUUGUUGGUUGUUCCUUUUGGUGCCGCUCUGGAGGUCAGAGGAACCUGGUUGUACGGAUCUUUCUUUUGUGAAUUCUGGAUUUCGGUUGAUGUCCUGUGUGUCACUGCAAGCAUCGAAACACUUUGCGUGAUCGCAGUUGACCGAUACAUUGCCAUCACUUCACCUUUCCGUUAUCAGAGCCUGUUAACAAAGGCCAGGGCAAAGGUGCUCGUGUGUGGAGUGUGGGCUAUCUCAGCUCUCGUCUCAUUCCCACCUAUUUUAAUGCACUGGUCUCGGGACGAUGAGGAAACGUCUUGCUACGACAAUCCCGAAUGCUGUGACUUUGUGACCAACCGAGCAUACGCCAUCGCCUCCUCUGUCAUCUCCUUUUACCUUCCUUUGGUGGUGAUGGUGUUUGUGUAUGUUAGAGUGUACAAAGAAGCCAAGAAACAACUGAGAAAAAUAGAUCAAUGUGAAGGAAGGUUUUACAAUAACCACGGAGUUUCGAAAUAUAAAUCAAACAGGAAAAGACCGUCCAAGAUACUUGCUAUGAAAGAGCAAAAAGCUCUCAAAACUCUUGGCAUCAUCAUGGGUACGUUCACGCUUUGCUGGUUACCGUUUUUUAUCGUCAAUGUCGUUAGGGUGUUUUGCGCUGAACUGGUGGACAAAAAUCUUUUCGUCUUUUUCAAUUGGCUAGGUUAUGUUAACUCGGCAUUCAACCCAAUCAUAUACUGUCGAAGUCCGGACUUCAGGAAGGCUUUUAAAAGACUGCUGUGCUGUCCAAGGCAAGCGGACCGCAGGCUGCACAUAAGUUCCUGUGACCUCUCGCGUUACUCCGGAGGUUUCGUGAAUUCCUUAGAACCGACCAUGCUGGGACAUACAUGGUCCGACUGUACCGUCUUGGAAAGCAGCGACUGUAGUUUGGAGAAGAGCGGCAAACUGUCUCAUUCCGAGUCACAGUUAUAA